AGCGAUCGACCCGGAAGCGGAAGUUGGGAUUCUCGGUAUCUAUGGCGGCGCCCCUAGCAACGAGGCCUUGAGGAGAGGAGUGUGUAGGCCUGGUGUGGGAUCAUGGCGGAGAAGUUCGACUCCUUGGAGGAGCACCUGGAGAAGUUCGUGGAGAACAUCCGGCAGCUGGGCAUCAUCGUCAGCGACUUCCAGCCCAGCAGCCAAGCGGGCCUCAACCAGAAGCUGAAUUUUAUGGUUACAGGCUUACAAGAUAUUGACAAAUGCCGACAGCAGCUUCAUGAGAUCAGCGUACCUUUGGAAGUCUUUGAGUAUAUAGAUCAAGGCCGCAACCCCCAGCUCUAUACUAAAGAGUGCUUAGAAAGAGCUCUAGCUAAAAAUGAGCAGGUCAAAGGCAAAAUUGACACAAUGAAGAAAUUCAAAAGCCUAUUGAUUCAAGAGCUGACUAAAGUGUUCCCAGAGGAUAUGGCCAAAUACAAAGCUAUUCGGGGUGAAGAUCCUUCUCCUUAAUUACAUUAUUUCUACCCUGCCUUCUUCUACAAACACUGCCAAUAGGCUGUUGUGACAGCAUUUGACUUCAUCUGGCGAAUGAAGAUGUUGUAUCCAAUAGAGGCAUUUAUUAAAUACCGAGUUCUUUGGCCAGGAUGGCAGCUGAUUUUCCUGUGGUACAUGUGUGGCCAUUAAAGGUUUGUCAGCACUUUCAGUAAGAAGCUAAUCUUCUCUUUAAUGUGACUUCAAGCCCAGCUGUGCACCAGAAGCCAGGAGCUUUGCUUUUGUGAUACACUGUUUGAAUUAUUCAGCUUCUCUGUCUCAUGCAAAGUAAGAUGGGGUCAGGGAGGUGACUCCUACUGUUGCACUGCGAUGUACAAGAUGAAGUAGAUAUAAAUAUGAAGAAAUAUAAAAAAAAAUGAAGCAUGUUUCUUUCUCAUUCUUUGAUCUGUUGGGCAGCAGAAGAUGCCUUGAAGAACAAUAUUGAUUUGGCAUGGUUAAUGGAAAAACAAACAAACACAUCUUCUGAAACUGUAUGUCUGAAUUAUUUUACAGUCUUAAUAGAGUUACUUUUGUAAAGGCUUUGAAAUAAUGUUUUUCCUCAUCUAUGAUCUGGUGUUUUCAGUAGUACCUGAAAUGACAGGGCUCCUAAUUAUGGAAACUGAAUAUCUAUAUUUAAACAUAAAAGGACUUUACCUCUUGUACCUUAUAAAAAUACACCCUACAGAUAUGUUCACCAGAUGGAUGCAGCAGUUACUACUGAGUUCCUUGGAAAUAAAUCAUCAUGAAUAAACAAAAUGUGCAAAUUGCAUUUAA